CCAGAAACGUGACGCAAGAAUUAUCAUGACAGCCAUGUAUGAAGAUAAAGCAAGAGAAGUUUUAUGUGCGGCUUACAGGGUAGGCUUGUACGGACCAAAGAUUGUGUGGGUUUUUGUUGGCUGGUAUUCUUCCCACUUCUGGAGAGUAAACUUGGACAACGUCAAAUGCUUGGAACAUGAAAUGGAUCUAGCAGCUGAAGGAUCAUUUAUCACAGGACCAGUUUUUCAGAAUCCAGUAGAGGAACGCGGAUUCGCAAACCUCACAGCAAAGGAAUUUGAUUAUCUGUACCACCACCAUAAAACCUAUACUCCCGAAAUGAAGCAGUAUGACAUUGUGGCUCACCAUUGCUAUGAUAGUAUUUGGGUGUCGGCAAUUGCAUUAAAUUGUACCAUCCGAAAACUUAAAGAAAUAGGUCAUCCUAAAACUCUCGAUAUGUUUACAUACACUGAUUCCAACAUAAACGAUAUCAUUUUCGAAUGCAUGGGAAACACUUCAAUGACUGGGGUCUCUGGGGAGAUUGUAUUCACGACCGGUGCAGACCCUAAUAAAAUUGUAAAAAUGGAGAGGAUUCAAGACAGAGAACGAGAACUGAUUGGUCACUACAGACAAGACAAGUAUCCAAAUGGUUACUUUGAAUGGAUAGAAGAUGCUAUUAAAUGGAAGGACGGCAAUAUUCCACGUGAUUCUACCUAUGUUACACAAAAGGAAGUUAAGAUACCAUGGUCCCUCUACAUACCAGUUUCAGUAUUAUCCGGAGUUGGCAUCUGUCUGGCAGUCUCAUUCUUCGCAUUUAACGUUAUAUACCGACAAAACAGAAUUGUGAAGCUUUCCUCGCCUAAUAUCAACAAUGUCAUACUUCUUGGCUGCGUUCUUUGCUACUCUUCUGUCUUCUUUAAAACAACAGAAGUGGAAAGUGUUACGAUUUGCUGGACACAAAAACUCUUCUUCAGUCUCGGAUUCACGGUGACGUUUGGCGGGUUGUUCUCGAAGACUUGGAGAGUUUACCGUAUUUUUACAAAUAAAAAACUUCUUAAACGGACAAUAAAGGACUACCAGUUACUUGCUAUAAUCGGUGGUUUCGUGGGCGUUGUUGUGGCGGUGAUGAUUUUGUGGGCAAUCUUUGCUCAACAUAGAGUUAUAGUGAACUAUCUUGACAAACAAGUUUAUAUGAUAGGAAACGAUGCCGAGGUUCAUUUGUUUGUGCGAGUUUGUCAUUCUGAAUAUUCAACGUACUUUGGAUGGACUUUAUAUAUAAUCCAAGGUGCCUUGCUAUCGUUCGGGGCCUUCCUUGCAUGGGAAACUAGACACGUAAAGAUCCAAGCUCUGAACGACUCGCACCAGAUUGGUUUGUGUUUGUAUAACGUAGUUAUACUCAGUGCCGUAGGUCUAACCCUUUCCUUACUACUAGUUGACCAAGAAGUGAAGAUGUAUGGAAUAACUUCCGGUUGUCUGAUCAUCGGAACAACAUUAACACAGGCCGUGAUUUUUAUUCCGAAGAUUCGCGCAGUUUACAAUAAAGUCGAUACAACUAUAUCAACUGUUGGAACUGGAGUGGUUGGACAGUCGACUAACAAUGGAGUAAAUCUACCACGCACUGAUGCCGUCAAAUAAAAAUAAUCAUUUUGCAUGCAUAAAAUUUCGUUCACGACAUUACUCAUGCAUGCAUAAUACAAUCGCCUGUUUCUUACAGAACUGAACUGCUACUGUGAAACUAAGUAGCUUUGUCUGAUAACACAUAACAUAAGAACAAUAUUGUUAUCUUUUCAUUGUAACAUAGAUUGCAUCAUCAUUUUAGUAACAUGUGUUAAGGCUUUAAAUGUGGUCGCAAGAAACUUUGAUUUAACUAAAUAUGCACGAAACAACGCUUCUUACAACCUCUCGAUGCUUCGCCAACAUCUCUCGCAACAAACUCACACGUCUCGAAUAAUCAUUAUGUUGUAAAUCAAUUAUUACAAUAUUAUAUCAUUAAUUGCAAUAAGAAUAAGUAAUACAAGGAUAUCAAUUCAUUUUACUAACUCCGCCCAUGUCAAUACACAUGAUUUAAAGCUGAUAUCAUUUAGAAGUUUGAAUUUUCCUGAUAUAAAAAAGGUAAGAAGCAUUUAGCACAGCAAACAUAGUGUGAUCUACACAUUUCAAAGUAGGUCACAAAUAUAACCUGUUGUGGAAACAUAUAGCAGAUGGAUAGCUUAAAGAUACACUAAAUGUUAAAGCCCAAAGGGCAACAAUGUCGAGCCCAUUAUUUGUUGACAGACCGCCUGAAUUACUAAAUUAUUUCAGCCAGUUAAAACAAGUUCCAUUUCAAUACCUUGACACAAACUAUUUAACAGUGAUCAUCCACAAAACAAAAAUAAGUUCCCAAAAAAGUCUUACCAGAAUGAGAUUACACAUAAAAAUUUGUUGUAUCAUCCAUGUUGUACCACAGUAAAAUGGUGUUGGUUUUUCCUUAUAGCUAAUAUUUGAAAAAAACUUACAAAAUUAGCUAUUUACAUGAACAACAGAGGGAAGUAAUUCUAAAAAAAAAUAUAAAUCCACCAAAAAUAUAUUUCUUAGGCCACAAAACAAUCUUUACCAGGUACAGAUAUGUCAAAAUACACCUAAAGACUUGACGUACCAUCCAUGCUGUACCACAGCACAAUGGUCUCGGUUUUUCUUUACGGUCAAUAAUAAACAUACAACAAAGGGAAGUAAUUCUAUCCAAGAAGGGAUCUGCUAAAUAAAAACAAAGAUCGAUUUAUGCAUGUUAAAGUUAUGGCGUAAGAUCUUAUAUGACCUUUGAUCCCUAAGUGCGACCUUGACCUUUGAAAUAGGGGUGUGGGAUUUGUGCGUGACACUCCGUCUCAUUGAGACAAACAUUUAUGCCAAAUAAAAACUAUCGUCAAAUGCAUGUAAAAGUUAUGGCCCGGACAAACUCUAAAGUGACCCUUGACCCCUAAGUGUGACCUUGACCUUUGAGGUUGGGGUCUGGAAGUUGCGCGCGACAAUCUGUCUCAUUGAGGCAAACAAUUAUGUAGAAUAAAAAGAUGUCUUUAUGCAUGGCAAAUUACAGCCUGGACUAGCUCUUAAAUGACAUUUGACCUACAAGUGUGACCUUGACCUUUGAUAUAGGGAUCUAGGGGUGGUGCACGACACUCUGUCUAAUUGAGCAGAACAUUUAAGUCAAAUUAAAAUAAGGUUGCUCAAUACUUAUCAAAGUUAUGGCCCGGACAAGCUCUAAAAUGACCAUUGACCCCAAACUGUGACAUUAACCAUUGCGGUUUACGUGCGACACUCUAUCUUAUGGAGGGUAAUAUGCAUGUCAAAGUUAUGGCCCGGACAACAUCUAACAUGACAUUUGACCUCCAAGAGUGAUCUUAACAUUUGAGAUAGGAACAUGGGGUUUGUGCAUGACACACUUUCUUAUUAAGGUUAACAUUCAUGCCAGAUAUAUAAAAAAUUGUUCCAAGAAUGAAAAAGUUAUUGUCCGGACGAAAAAUAUAUCCGGACGGACGCACUAACGCACAUACACUGAACAGCCAUUUGGACGAAUACGUAGCGGGCUCAACAAAAACUAUAGGAAUUUGGUAAAAGUAGGAAAGGGAAUGGUAAAUAGAAUUGGGGAAAAUAAAAGGAGUGCGUAAAAAGAAGUAACAUCACCAACACACAAGCCAAUACACGUAACACGUCACAUAAAACGGACAAAAAGCAAUUUAGUUUAUACUAAUUUAUUUAGAUCGAUUGUGACCCAUGGGUUAAAUGGCCGACACCUUAACCACUACACAGUGUUCCCCUUUGACAAAAAGGGUAGGUCAAAUAGCGAACCAAAUUUAAUUCUGUUUUUAAGAUAUGGCAAGAUUAAGAAAUCAUUUUAUUUCUGUUAUUUUUUGCUGCCUAUUAAUAAAUUCUUGAUAUUUAUAUACAGUCAUUUUCUUUAUUUUUCUAAAAAAAUUAUUACGGUCAUCAAAUGAAAUAAUAUGAUAUCAAAUGAUCACUCCAUCUUUUUUACAGUUUUGAUAUUCAAUUAACAAGAUAUUUUCUUAUUAUGUGAGAUUUUUCAUAAAGGUUUUGCUAGAAAUAUGGACCGAAGAUAUUUCUAAAAUGCCGAAGGGGUAUUAGAAAAUCUGUUAAGUGUAUAUUACCAAUGUUUAAGCACGAAUCUUGAAUUUAACUCACGUCGCCUAGCAACUAUAAAACUGACCACUCCAGCAAUAACUGCUUGACCCCAUAGUAAGGUUUUGCACCUAACACCGAUACACUUUUCAUUCUUUGCUCUCAUAAUUAUUCCAAUUGUCUCAUAGAAUGAUUAGUAUUUGUGAUCUGCACUACAAGACUAAGUGACUUUUAUUGGAUGCUAAGCAACUAUUCCCUAAUCCAAAAUGAAGGUAGUUCAUAAAGACUGAUAGAUCGUCCGUGGCGCAGUGGUUCGAUUCCCAGUCGCGGCUGAUAUCCCGACAAGGUUUUUUACAUAAAUUGGUUCUGUUUCCAACAGUAUCGGCCUACACCGGACGUUUGGGAUGUGAAUAUGACACAUGUCGUGGGCUCAACAAAAUAUGCUGUUCAUCCAUUUUAUGUCUGGAUUUCUGUUGGCAACCCACGCUAAAUAGGAAAACUAUCUUUACGAAACUUCAUCAGCAAGUCAUCGGACAUCUACGAAUCAUGUUAUUAAUAAGAUGAUAUGUGAACAAUCUACCAGUCUCUGCAUUUGUAACUAUAAAUAUCUGAAGAUGUACUAUGCUCAUCCCUUAUAUGAUUCAGGUUGUAAAAAUAUUCUUUUGAGUUUUAAAACUCGAUUUUAUAUCUACUGGUUGCUUUUAUUUUCAUGAAUACAUACAUAUUACCAGUACCUUUAUUAAUUUAUUAAUUGCUUAACAAUAGCUAAUUAAGAAAUGAACCAAUUGUUUUGUUGGAAUUAAGCCAAAUGAGAUAAAACUCCAUCAAAUGUGCUAGCAAUUUAUGGUUCCAUGGAUGAUUACAGAUUAGGCCUAUGUUAUGUCUUUCAUUUUGUAUAUACGACUUCCAAAAUUUACCUUACAUUUCCUUUCCACAUUUACAGAAACUGCACACAGUAUUUGAACCAGCUUCCUGGUCAUUCAGUUUACCAGAGAGAACAACUGUGACGCUAUCUUAAUAACGUUCUCACUUACUUCAUGGCGUUACGUAACUUUGGCGCUAUUCCUUUUGCGGACAAAGCAAACGAACGUCAUAAUUUACCAGGGAUCGAAUAGGGAGAAUGUAAACAUUUUCAUUCUCUAAAGGGCGCGGAGUAUUUGAGAUGGCUUUUUAUGAGUGCAGUGCAGUGUAUGUCGUAAAUGACAUUUUUUUCUUUCGAUUUGCAAAAUUUCAAUUUUUUAUUUUUAAUGUCUGAUCUGGCCCAUAAAAAUGGCAUCAGAUUUCACAACACAAACGAGAAAAAUAAGUU